CCUUUCUGCGCGUGCACAACCUCCCUCCCUGCACAGGACAAUAGAGGCGCAGAGAAAGGAGGGGUGAGAACAGAAGGGGGCAGAGUGGGCAUCUCCAGAUCAGCACUUCUCUGUGCUCCAUCCCGAGCAGUAAACAUGGACUCAUGGCCGCCUCGAACACUUGUGUGAUGUUGCUGUAAGAAUGCCGCCGCCGAUCCCCCGACUCUUCGCCUUUGCGCUUCUCUUUUGCGGCGUUUGGCUGAAAUCCGCAGCGCACCGAGGAGCAGCAGUUGAAGUAUUGAUUAAAGUCCAGAUCUUUGACAACAGUGACCUUUCACCUCUGAAUGAAGCUGCGGUUCAGGUGCAUGGGAACCAAUCCGUCUUGGCAUCCGGCCUCACAGGGGAAGAUGGCAUUGUCACAGUUACCUUCCUGUACCACCCAGGAACCUGGGUCAUUGUCUCAGCCUCCAAGCAUGGAUUUGUGACAAAUUCCGCCCCUUGGCAUGCCAAUCGCAUCCCCUUGUACGCUUCAGUGAGCCUGUACCUGCUUCCCCAAAGACCAGCUACAUUGCUUCUCUAUGAUGAUGUGGUGCAGCUCCUGCUUGGUUCUCCAGGUUCCAGACGUCAUCCAUGGGUACAGCUCCAGAGAAAAGCCAUCGAACCCACAGUCAAUGCCUCCCAAGUCACGCUCUUGGCCAUGCUCACCUCCACUAGGAGCCAGUACGAACUCGGUGGCUUCCCAUAUCCCCUUGGCUUGGAGCACAACAGCACAGGCUUGAACAGCAGUUGGGUAGAGCUGACUGCAGUGGCUGCGGUUUGUGCCACACUCACUGGACCCAAUGGCACUGAGGUGCAGGUCUCAGAACCUAUCCAUGUGUCCGUCCCUCUUCCCUCAGACUCGCCACUCAAAUCAGCCACCAGUGUCCCCAUCUGGAGGUUUGAGGACAGGACAGGUCUGUGGGUUAGAAGUGGUGUGGGUUACAUUAAAAAAGAUGGCUCUCACAUGACCUGGAGUUUUGUGACUUCGCAUUUAGGAUACUGGCUUGCAGCUUUUCCAUCAGCUGGAGGCACAGUGCUGAACAACUCCGGCCUGAGAGAUAUUACCACAUACCACACCAUCUUCCUUCUGACAAUUCUGGGUUUUAUGGCCCUACUGGUUCUCAUCCUGCUCUGCUUGUUGCUCUACUACUGCAGGAGGAGAUGUCUGAAACCCAGGCAACAUCGCCGUAAAAUGUAUAUUUCAUCUACUCUGGAAAGCUCCAAAAGGGACCAGGGUACAUCCACUUCACACCUCAACCUCAUCAGCGGUGGACGUUUGGAGACAGCUUCCUCCACUGGAGAUGGUGUGAAAUCAGACCUGUCAUCUACAAGGGACUUGCACAACUCACGGGAAGAUUUUUUCAGGUCCAAGCCGCGCCAUUCCAAGGGGGGCAGCAAGCAAGGAGAGAGCUUCCCACUGCAUGUUACCUGUUCCACCAAUACCAACAACUUAGACCUCCUUCUGCGAGAUGACCAUGGCAGGAGUUAUAGUUCAACAGAUGAUUCUGAUGACCGUAGGAACCAUCGUCAUCCCCAUAAUGCCAAGGACAAUCAUGGUUAUACAUCUGAUCCUUCUUCUCCCUCACGGUUGCUCCCAUUUGCUGGUCACUACCAGGAGCAAAGACGGGACAGCAAGCCCCCAGAGUACUCCGCCUCUCAGACUUCAGAUAACUUGAACAGACCAGUCUCCAUGAACGCACAACCAGGCCAGCUCAUCUUCUGCCAUUCCAUGGAGCAAAUCAAGGACAGCAUGUACCAUAGUGUUGUUCCGACCUUAGUCAUUCCGGCACAUUACAUGCGCCUCUCUACAGAUCUCUCAUCCAUGGAACAGGCUGUGGAUAGGCAGCAGCAGCUUCAGCAUGAUAUGGAGGCCAUUCAGGUGAGCAUGACGUUACCUCGCCAGCAGAGUCAACAGCAGCAGCAGGAAGCCAAGCUGCAGCAGGAGACAGAAAAAGCCAGCCAGCAGGGAGAGGAGCCACAGGAUCAGAACUGGAAUUCAGAUGCGUCCUCUGGCCCAGUCCACAUCCCUGUACUAUUCAACGAAUCCACCAUGACACAGAUGAAUGGAGAGCUGAAGGCUCUCACAGAGAAGAAGCUACUGGAACUGGGUGUAAAGCCUCAUCCUCUGGCCUGGUUUGUGUCCCUUGAUGGCCGUGCCAAUUCACUUGUCCGGCACUCCUAUAUCGAGCUAGGCAAUGAGCCUCUGCGGGCACCCCAGGAGCACCAUGCAGAGACAUACCCUGGAAACUCAGGAAGAUCUUCCCAGAGAAAAAGCAAAGAGGAAAAAAAGGCUAAGGGAGGGGGUGAGCGAAAGGCCCAUGGCAAGAUCUACUCUAAGCUGCCAGUCAUUGACACCACCAACCCCAGCACCAGCAGUGAAAGCCACACAGCCACCUACUCACCAGAGGAUGGCUCCAUGGCACCACUACUUGAUGACACUCCAGAGUUCCGGGGUGGAACAUUUCCACGGAAAGGACACAGCCGAGACUACAGUGCCCAUAGCAGUAUCACAGAAGACCGCCGAGAUUUGGAGACCAGUCCGGACGAUGAUGAAAAUGAUGGAGAUGACAAGGAUGAUGAAGGUGAAAAUAAGAAGAGUCCAUGGCAGAGGCGUGAAGAGAGACCGCUCAUGGUGUUCAAUGUCAAGUAGUCCCCAUAAGCAUAGAUUUGUUCUGUCAUGGACUCUGCCAGUUUUCUUGUCUGGCACUCCUACGUGAAGUAAGGCAACAUGAUAUUGCACUCAAGGACCAUUGAUGGUACCUUGAUGAUAUCUUUGCCUUGCAUUGUGAAUCUCUGGACAAAAAACAUGGAGGCACCAUUGCUUUCCUGAGGACCAGUUUACAGAAGAAGUAGUCCAAGGUGGAUCGCCAACAAUCAAGACAAUAUUAUAACAAUGACUUGCCUCUACUUGCCGGCUAGUACUUAAGGCUCAUAUUCUCUUGAAUGUUUUGCAGGUAGAGUAUUUUCUAGGCUGUGAACACUGCUAAACCAGACUGUGCCAUUUUUUUUUUUUUUAAACCAAGUUUAUUUCUUGAAACAAUGUGCUGUGGUUAACCUUCAACGUUACUACCCUGAGGCCAAUGUUUCUUCUUCUACCAGUGACUUCUUCACUCUACUGAGAAUGACUAAGAGCCAUUUUUGAACUGACAUCCGGACAUAAUCCAUGGGCCUUAAAGAAUUUCUAAAAAGAGAAUGAAUGCCCAAAAAUGAUGAAAUGUUGGAAAAACAUAUGGAUUGAAUUGUGGAAUCUGUUCGGCUGCUUUUUUUUCCCUCAAUCUUUUCAGGCUUUUGUGAAGGUUUGGUUUUUAUAUAAUUGGUAAUAAAACAAAGAUGUGUGUGUGUGAGUGUGAAUCAAACCUUCACAAAAGGGAUUGCUAUAUUGCUGGGUUAAUGAUUUAACUCUAAAUAUGACUUUAAUGCCCCUGAAUUUGCCCUUUUAGAACUUGCUUUUUUAACCUGAUCUGCGUAAACAGUUUUACAAUUCUGGGAGGCUUCUGUUUUUGCAGCUUUUUGACUGUGCUAUUCACUCUCAUUCAACUGAAUCUAUAGGAGAUGCCCUAAGCCACAUAGAAAAAAGGCUUCUCAAUUUCUUUGGAUGAUUAAUAGUUCUAGCUUCCUGCAGGGUUCUACUUAGGGAAAGGUAACCCCUUUGUCUCAGGACUGUACACUGAUCUUUUAACAGGAUGUGCCCACAUGACGCCUUGCCACGCUGCAUGUAAUUCAAUUUGGUGGAUAGUGCUGCCUGGUGGUGUAGUGGUUAGCACUGUUGCCUCAUAGCAAGAAGGUUCC